ACAAGGGGAGUGCAGUGGACUAUUGUGAAGAGCUCGGAGACACAAGGUGAUCUGGACUUGGAGAGGAUUGAACAGAACUGACCAGUCAAGAUGUCUAAGAAGGAACUUGAAGCUCUUAAUGAUGAACUGCAGAGAAGCAUCAAGGAACUGAACUCAGGAUUUGACGAAAAGUUUCCAACACUCAAUCGUAAAAUAAAGGAGCUGAAUGACGUCACUGAUGAACUGCAAUCCAUGCACAAGGCCACAACGGUGGGCAGUUUGUCAGGAGGCGUAAUAGGAGCAGCAGCAGGAAUCACAGCACUAGUGGGUUUGUUUUUGGCCCCGUUGACAUUUGGUGCUUCGUUAGCUGUUGCAGGAGUUGGAACAGGUGCAUUAGUGACAAGUACAACAUGUACCGUCACCAACAUGAUCAAGCAGAAAAACCUACGUCAGACUAUUAAGAAGAUCACGGAAGAUUUCCUGAAUAUAAUCAAGCCAUUAAUUAAGCAUAUAAAGACGAUUUCUGACAUCAUAGAAGAGAUUCAGAAGAAGGAGUGGGUUUCUGAAUCAGAUAUCACACUCCCGACAACUGUGGGCACUUUGGAAACUCUUUUAGGCAUUUCAUCAAUUGCAAUCGAAUUACAAAUGGCUAAAAUUGAGAAUGUGGCCACAAGAACGGCCAGAGCUCUCAGAGUGGCUGGGAAAAUAACUAGUGGACUCUCGUUUCUGUUGCUUCCUUUUGAUGUAUUUAGCAUUUAUCAAGAUUCGACUGAGAUCUCUGAAAUGAAUCAAGUAGCAGACAAGAAAAAAGUGGAAGAAAUCCAGUCAAACACUUUGAAAUUUAUUCAUCAGGCGAGAGAAACAGCUGCUUUAUUUCAGGAGACUCUGGAUGAAAUUGAAAGUGCCAGAGACACAAUUAACAGAGAACCAUGUGUGCAGUGUGGUGGGAUGCAUGUAUAAUGGACACCACGAGUUGCAUCUAUGUGUGUCUCAUCCACAGGUGUUGAAAACUAACACUGAAGCAGUUUAUAAUUUACAUGUUUUUAAAUAAUUUAUAUAGUUUAUCAUUUUCAACAUAAU